AAUAGUAUGCAACAUUAUCGUAUCAUAUUUGGAAACCUUUUUUAAUAGUCGGGACUAUUAUCAUAGCUUACAAUACUUUUAAUGGCCAAUAAAAUCAAUUUCAACACUCAAAUCUUUGGUAGAGUCCGCCUCGCCACGGAAUCGGACGUACCACACCUCCACAAACUCAUGUAUCAAAUGGCAAAAUAUCAUAAUUAUACUAAAAUUUUUAAUGCCACUGAGGCUUCAAUUUCUACCAAUCUUUUCAAAUCUAAUAAUCCUUGCCCUCCUUUCUACUCAGUUACCACAUUCAUUCUUGAAGCCUCACCCAACUCUUUUCCUAAACGAAACACUAAACAUCCCAUUUUCGACCCGAUUUUGAAAACUAUUAAUCUUGAUUCACCUAUAUUAGACUCGGAAUUAGAACUGUUCAGAACGAACAACAGAAUAUCCAGUAUAAUUUCAGAAGUAGAGUCAGGGAAUGGUGUCUGUGCAGACUUUAGAGAAAUUGUUUCUGAUAGAUCCUCAAACAGUAACGUCUUCAUAGCUGGCUACGUCCUUUUUUUCCCAAGCUAUUCGGGGUACUUUGAGAAACCAGGUUUCUUUAUUGAGAACAUGUAUGUUAGGGAGUGUUAUAGAAAGUGUGGAUUUGGGAAAAUGUUGUUUUCUGCUGUGGCAUCUCAGGCAGUUAAAAUGGGGUUCACGAAAGUUGAUUGGCUUACUGUUGGAUGGAAUGAAAAUGCAAUUGAUUUUUUUCUUGGAAUGGGAGCUUAUAUUAUGCAAGAUGUUAAACGUUUUAGGCUUUCUGGUGAAGGGCUUGAUGCAUUUGCUACAAAUGAUCAGGAAGCUGACAAGUACUCUUGAAUCGAGGGUAUAUUAGAACAGUCUCUCUAUCUCUCACAAAGAUAGAAAUAAAAUUUAUGUAUACCUAUUUUCUUCGUAUCCACUUGUGAAAUCAUACUAGUAUGUUAUUGUUAUUGGAGGAUACUGACAAAUUUGCAUAGAACUAUUGCAUGUAAAGAAAUUUGUUAAGUAGUGGAUACUAGGGGCAUACAUAAGUUGGAUUGGUUUGAAUUUUUUAUAAGUUGGAUUGGUUUGAAUUUUUUAUUUAUCAAAUUAAAUUAUUGUAUGUCGGUUUAAUAUUUAUAAACCAAAUCAUUUUUUUU